AUGGAGGAACAGGGCACCACCCCUGCCCUCCCAGGGUCUAAGAAGGUUAUUUGGGAAGUGAUCAGUACGGGCAGGGCCAUCGUGUGUUUACGUCAAGAAAGGGGCAGUGGGUCCAAGCGGCGGCCCCGGGCCUACGUGACAUCCCCGGGCUUGCAAGUAGUCACCGCCGCAGGCCCCGGCGGCGCAACGCAGCCGGCGGAGAUGACGUCACUGCCGGAACCCGUGCGGACCGGCGCGCGCGGGGGCAAUCGAUCCUCUCUCUCCCCUCAGGAUGAGGUGCUACUGAUCCAGGAAGCCAAGAGGGAGUGCCGGGGGACCUGGUACCUUCCUGCUGGGAGAAUGGAGCCCGGGGAGACCAUCGUGGAGGCACUGCAGCGGGAGGUGAAGGAGGAAGCCGGGCUGCACUGUGAGCCCGUGACACUGCUGUCUGUGGAGGAGCGGGGACCUUCCUGGAUCCGCUUUGGGUUCCUUGCCCGCCCCACAGGUGGAAUUCUCAAGACUCCCAAGGAGGCAGAUGCUGAGUCCCUGCAGGCUGCCUGGUAUCCACGGACCUCUCUGCCCACUCCGCUGCGAGCCCAUGACAUUCUGCACCUGAUAGAGCUAGCUGCCCAGUAUCGCCAGCAAGCCAAACACCCUCUCAUUCUGCCCAAAGAGCUGCCCUGCAGUCUGGUCUGCCAGCGGCUUGUGGCCACCUUUACCAGUGUCCAGACAGUAUGGGUGCUGGCAGGCACAGUGGGGAUGCCCCACUUGCCCAUCACUGCCUGUGGUCUCACCCCUAUGGAACAGAGGGGUGGCAUCAAGAUGGCUGUCCUGCGAUUGCUGCAGGAGUGUCUCACCCUGCACCAUUUGGUGGUGGAGAUCAAGGGGUUGCUUGGACUGCAGCACCUGGGCAGAGACCAUACUGAUGGCAUCUGUCUGAAUGUGCUGGUGACUGUGGCUUUUCGGAACCCAGGGAUCCAGGAUGAGCCCCCGAAGGUUCAGGGUGAGAACUUUUUUUGGUGGAAGGUAAUGGAGGAAGGCCUACAAGGCCAGCUCUUACAGCGGCUUCAGGAGUCCUCUGUCGUCCCAGUGAACACAUAGCGGGGAAGAGGAAGUGAUGAGCUGGGCGGCCAUGCUCCCUCCAGUGCAGCUUAGCUUUCCUUUGAGGGAGACAGGGGCUGGCAGUCAGGGAUCUUGUAUUGGGAGCAGGGGGAGCUGUCCUGGUCCCCGGCGGGAUUCUACGUUGCUCAAGAGACAGUGCCUUUAACCAAGCAGAGUCCUGAGCUCAAGCCCUGAUUGCCAUGAAGGCACACUGACACUCCUCCCUAAGGGGAUGGGGAGCCUUCUGAACCCCAGAUGGCAUCUGCUUCUCACUUUCUGUGCCCACCUUGGUCGGGGCCUGCAUCCUGGUCCUUCCAGGUGCUUAGAACCUGGAGGGGCACUGGGGGAGGCCUCCACAAGGGAAGAGCCCCUUGCUGAGUAAAUAGGCAUUGCUCACUUUG